AUGGAAGGCAACAUGUGCAGAAUCCGCAUACCUCCGCUGGUUCCAGGCAGCGAACCGGAAUUCUCGGCCACGGUGGAGUAUGCUCUGUGCCCGCAUCACCUUGUCCCAGAUGUGGCAAUUGCUAAAAAUGAUCAAGAAGUCUUCCAGGUGGUGCUUGACCCCUGGCAAUCAUGUACACAGACACCGAACUCCACCGAGAGCGCGUUGGAGAGGUGGUGCAGCUCUUUGCGGCCGGCUCCCCGUGAGCCAGCACACGGCUGCGCGGUCCAAAAGCUUCUCCAUCCUUCUGGUCACAUCUCCCGUCGCAGAGAUGACCACCUCGUCGUCAAGAGGUCUGGCCGCCGGGUCUCCAGGGAAAGUAGGGCAUGGGUUGGCGAGCUCAGUAGCGGCAUGCAAGACAGCAGGCUGGUGCCUUUCACUGUUCAUUUUGAUCAUGGCAGUUCCAAGUCAGACUUACUUGAAGCUCUUGAGAUGCAUGGGGAUGGUUCACAUUUACCUUUAGGGGAGAAUAUAUUUUACACAAAAAUCAUAUCAUCCUUGGCUCAUGCGAAAGGCAUACUUGUGGAAGCAGAGUUGGGUAGACUUUCAGGCUCUGAAGAUGGCUUGACAGUUGAAGAAUAUGAAGCAAGAUUUACCAAUGUUGCUCAGGCUGAAGGAUUUAUUGAUGAGACGAGUAUUGACGCUCUAGCAGUAUGCAUUGGAAAUGUUCAUCGAAAAUAUCCACCUAGUGGACCAAACCUCAGAUUUGACUUGCUAAAGGACCUUCAUGCUUUAACCUUGAAGAAAGGAAUUAGCUUGGCUCAUGGAGCAUCUGGCCUACCUCAUGAGCUCGUAAAGGAAUGCAUAGAUUUGGGUGUGAGGAAUUUCAACGUGAACACAGAGUUUCGAAACAGUUACCUGGAGUCCCUUAAUAAGCCAGAAAAGGACCUGAUUCAGGUCAUGGCAUGUGCUAAAGAAGCAAUGAAAGCUGUUGUAGCAGAGAAAAUACACCUCUUUGAAUCAGCUGGGAAGGCCUGA